AGGGGGCGUGGUUUAGUAAAAGAGUUGCGCUGUCGUCGAUGUUCUGGCGCGUUUGUUUCAGCGGCGCGCGCUGCUUACCCAAAAGCGCACGAGCCGAAACUCAAUCCCAGUGAGAGAAGAAAACAAAACAAAACAAAAAGAAAGAAAGAAAACUUCCCGCGGUGAACUUUCUGAUUUAUUGUUUUUAAACUUUUUUGUUGGAAGAUUUCCUUUUCGUGUGUGUGUGAGUGUGUGUGAGUGAGUGAGAGCGUGUGUGUCGGAUUACGAACGCCGGAGUUUCUCUGUCUGGCGCGCGCACGGAGGAGGACGAUGAACGAUCGCACGCGGCGGGUUCAGGAGCCGCAGUGCCUCUGAGGUAGGCUACAGAGUGAUGUCACAAUGCCAUCAUUCUGACGCUGAUAUCGACACCGUAACAGCACUGGUGAAGAAACCGUCUGACGUUCAUCACUCCGCAGCACGGCGUGCCACUCUUACCACUCAGAGGUGCUAUGUGAAAGUGGUAGAGUGAUGAAUUGACUCCCAGCCUGAGGGAUGUCCCUGCGGCUGCUCCUGCUCCUGCUAACCUUCUCCUCGCACACACAGGUCUGUCAGGCUCUGAAGGAGUUGCGGGAGCAAUGGGCCAUCUACAGGAAUGAGUGCAUUCAGAGUUUCAGCAGCAGCCCAACUGCUACAGGUUUGGUGUGUAACAGGACUUUCGAUCAUUACACGUGUUGGCCCGAUGGCUCGCCUGGCUCCAUCGUUAACGUUUCCUGUCCGUGGUAUCUGCCGUGGUAUCGCAAAGUUAAGCAGGGUAAAGUGUAUCGAGCGUGUGGUGUCGACGGUCGAUGGGCCGACAGUAAAAACACCACAGAAUGUGACGAGAACGAUGACGGACUGGAAGAGUAUUGGCAGAUUAUAAGUAAAUUCAGGGUCAUGUAUACAGUGGGUUACUCGCUCUCUCUGGCAGCUUUGGUCCUUGCGCUUGGAAUCCUCGCAGCCUUCAGGAAAUUACACUGCAUGAGGAACAGCAUCCACAUGAACCUGUUUGGCUCCUUCAUCCUGCGCGCCGUGUCCAUCUUGGCGAAAGACGCGCUGCUGGAUCUGAUCAACACCUCCCAGACAGAACGAUACCGCUACCAGGACCAGAGCUCGUUCGAUGUCAAGAUAACUGUGGGAUGUCGGGUCGCCAUGGUGAUGAUGCAGUACAGCGUGAUAGCGAAUAACUACUGGCUGCUGGUGGAGGGUUUGUACCUGCACAGCCUCCUGGUCAUAACCGUCUUCUCGGAGAGAAACUACUUCUACGUGUACCUGUGCAUCGGCUGGGGUGUGCCGGUGAUAUUCGUGUUGCCAUGGGUGACACUGAAGUAUCUGUAUGAAAAUGAUCUAUGCUGGGAGAAGAAUGUAAACAUGGGCUACUGGUGGAUCAUCCGCUCGCCCAUCCUGUUCGCCUAUCUGAUUAAUUUCUUUAUAUUUAUUAGAAUUAUAAAGAUCCUGAUGUCCAAACUUAAGGGUCAUCAGAUGAGGUACACGGAUUAUAAGUUCAGAUUGGCUAAAUCCACACUUACACUGAUUCCACUGUUGGGGAUUCAUGCCAUCCUCUUCACCUUCGUCAUCGAUGAGUCCGUGAACAGAGAAUCUCUGUUGCGGCUUGUUCGCCUCUUCUAUGACCUGUUCUUCAGCUCCUUCCAGGGCUUGUUGGUGGCCAUUUUGUACUGCUUUGUCAACAAAGAGGUACAGAACGAGAUGUUCAAGCGAUGGAAGCGUUGGAAGCUUGGGAAAGACAUAGAGGAGGAAUACCGCAACACACACAGCCAAAUGGCUCAUAACAAGAGCGCUAGCGUCAACGUGGCUUCACCGCCAGAACGUUCAGACACCCCCGAACCUGCAGCGUCAGCCCCGGAGGAGAGCUGCCGGCUCGUGAUUAGCUGUCGGAAUGGAACAGGACUGGCGCAGGGGGCGGGCAGGUCGGGGCUGCAAGAGGGUACCAGUAACUGCAGCUCUCUGACAGAGGACAUCUGCUUAGAGGAGCGAGUUCACAACUCGGACCAUCGAGCCGGGACUAAAGAAUGUCACGUCUGAGGAAACUUUGACCUCUCGAGGUUUUUAAUGAUACGUGUUCCAAAAAAAAGGGUUAAAACAGCUUCUUAAUGAUAGAAUUAUGAAAUAUGUGGUCAAUAAACACACACUAAAAGACA